UUUCUUCACUUGGUUAUCAUUUCAUCAGACGUUGUUACGAUUAAUAUUUCAAUUUGAAGAAAACAAAGGACGUCAAAUACAUACAUACAUAUAAUGGCAACUAAACGCGGUCGCGGUGAGGGUGAUAUGAAGAAGAAAAUGGCUCGCCUAAGAUUUAAAAAUCUUGUUAGAAGUGUAACGUUAAAUAGAAUUUGGCUAAUGGAUUCUGGCGAGCAAAAGCUGUCGUUGAAUGUGAAAAAAAAUAUCAAUAUGUUAAUUCGACCGCAACGCAAAGUUGGAGUUCUAACCAUGGCAGAAAAGACGCUGCUGCGUACUCAUCACAAUCUCCGUUCAAUAAAUGAUAGGAAAAAUCUGGUUAACCUUUUAGCGGGCCUGACAUGCUUCUCGCGUAUACCACCGAAAGUGAGGGCAAGAUUGACACCAGUGAUUAAAUUAUCAUUCAUUGGACCUGGUCGAAAAAUAAUAAAGGAAGGCGAUCCCCCUUCUACAGUAUACUUUAUACUAAGUGGAGAAGUUGAAAUAUACCGGAGAGUUUACGAUCGGGCCACAAAUGCUUACGUGGAUAAGUUGGAGUCCAUAAGUGGUCCGGGUGAUUGUAUUGGAGAUAUUGAAAUGCUUGAAGAAUGCCUUAGAAGGAAUACUUAUAUUUCUCGCAAUCAAGUUGAACUGCUUGUUUUGCACGAGGAAGACUUUAAUAACAUUUUACGGCCUACCAUGGUAAGGCAAUGGGAGGAAAGGAAAACGGCUUUGCUAUCAUUGGAAUAUUUCAAGUACUUAAAUCAUGAGCAGAUUAUAACGGCUUGCAAAUUGGGUCUUAUUCGUCAAUUUGAUCCUUUAGAAACAAUAUGUUACGAAGAUAAAGGUCACGUGAGCUACGUUCAUUUCGUAAUUAGUGGCGAAUGUAUGAUCUUACAGUGUUUAAAAAUUAAGGCAACAACAAAAAAGGGUGGAAAAUCCUUUGAGCUUGUAGACCUAUCUGGGCACGAAGAUGUUAACCUGUUCCAAGAUUCGAGUGUCAAUGAGUCGAAAAUCGAUUUCUUCAAAAAUAAAACGUCCUUUUUUGAUGUCAAUUAUGAAAUAAUGUCGGAGGAAGAUGAAAAAAAUAAAAAGGGAAGUCGGCUGUUUCAGAAAAAGGACAUCAAAAGUAUAGAACUUUCGUGUGGUUUAAAGAGAACAAGCGAAGAAGAAAUUACAUCCAAGAUAGAAAGUAAUUUCUCAAAGGAAUAUUUGAGCGAGGAAGAAGAAUUGCAUGUAGGUAAUUAUAGCCAAAGGAUAUCACAUAGUAAGAGCAAGGAAAACAUACCACCCAACGAUAUGCUAAACCGUAAAAGUUUUGAUUACUUGGAGGAGCUGUCCGAAAGUAUAUUUUCAAAUAUCGGAUAUGAUGGCAGAUUCGAAAAACCGAAAAUGGAAUCUAAUACCAAAAUUGAGAAUCAUUUCAUCGAUGUUGGUUCCCUUACGUUUGGUGGUAUUUUCAGUUUGGGCGAAAAACUAGAACAUCGAGUUAUAAUGGCGAGAACUACAGUACAAUGUCUUAUGCUGCCAAGGUAUUGGCUCUUGGAAAGAGAUCAAAAUCCCGGAAAUAUAUGGCAACGCAGACGGUUCUACUUAGAUUCCACUAUACCAUCGAGAGAACAACUUUUCAAAGAUUUUUUAACGACACGUAAAUGGCAGCAAUUUAAAACCAAUAUUAUAUCAAGCAAUUUGACAAGAUAUGUGGGAAAUUCAACUAAGGUCCAAGAUAUACCUAUUAUUUGUCGUAUUGUAGAACCAAAUGAGGAUUAGAAAUCUAUUAUGAAAAUUUCAAUAAAAUUGAUAUUUGUACUCGAUACUAAUGCUUCAAGCAUUUUAUGUGCCUACAUAUAUAUUAAAUGGUCUAAUAAAGCAUGUUAUAAACGCUGAA